GUCCGCAGACAGACGCUAUUGCACCAAUGAGGCCUCAAUCCUGACGUCACGUGCUUCUUACGUGAACGAGAGCAAGACAGACAGUAUCACAUUUUCCCGUGUUAGUGCGGACCGAAUGGUAACGUCGCAGCUGUCUCCAUUUUAUUAAAACAACUGAUUAAUAUUUACCGUUUCUACUGGCUCGUAUAAGACAUGGACAUCCUGUAGAAUGAUCAGAACAAAAGGGCCCCGGAGAAGGACCGUUUUAAAGGGUAUUCCAAGCAAGAGAGUUCGGGAGGAUUAACGUUACGCAAAGUACCGCUGCCGGAGACAUUGAGUCUUACAUAAAACUAAUGGGUCAUCUAAACGUCGGUAAUGAAUAUGCUUCAUCAAGCAUAGAUCCAGAGAUCAAGAAACUCAUCAUCAGCACUGAAGUAGAUGUGUGAAAAUUUUCGACUUUUUCUUUCGUCUGUUGCUCACAUGUCAGCGUCGUGUUUCGAGACUCGUAACGUCAUGCGAUUUCAAAACAAACCCUAACGAACUCAUUCUGUUUUAUUUUGAAGACAUUUAAACGUUUGUCUCUUUUUUUUUUUUUACAUUACAACUUUAAAUGAGAAUAUCGCUAGAUGUGUUAUGUAUUGUUUUGUCACAGGUUAGACAGGGCUGUUUUUUUUAUUUUUUGCUUUACCGGGAAAUGAACCGUCAAUCAUUUAGAUGUUUUGGUGGGCCUAGCAGUGGUGAAUGGGAAAUGAAUAGUGUAUAUAAACAUUUAGCCUUUGGCCUCCUUGUUAUUGAUUUUUGCCCAUAUUAAGAUCGUGUUGCGUUAAAGGUGUUUUUCUUGUGAAGUAACUAAAAUAGGACUAUAUUUGGUUAUUUGUGACCUGGAUUCCGCCAAAGCUUUAAACCAGAGCCCUAUACGUUGCACUUUUGAGCACUUUCCUAAAAAUCAUUUGCAUUUUAUGCGGUGUAGCAGACAAUGGAUGCUGGGAUUCAAAACCACGCCGAACAUUAUGUGCACGACCUCUCCAGCCCUACCGCAACAGUAUUGUGUGCGGAAAUGCUCGGGGUUGCGGACGAAGCUUGCAGGGCUGGAGACUUUGAUCUGGCCGUGGAGAUCUAUACUUCUCAGCUCGCCGAGCUCGAGCACACCGACCGUGGCCUUUGCCUGCGGAAAGCUGACGCUCUAGCCCGUGGGGGACGCAUAGCCGAUGCGCUGGACUCGUAUUGCAUCGCUGCAAACCUCCAGGCACUGAGACCUGAUGAACUGCAGAUUUUAGUUGAAGUUAUAGCGCAUACGAUCCGUACUAAAGAGCAGAAUGACUGUAAGACAAUAAGCGUGGACUCUACCUUAGAAAGCAGAUGUUUUGAGAUAGACGAAGAGCAGAACUUAGACUUGUUUUCAUGUCGCCUUUGCAAGUGCUUAUUGACGGAACCGACGUCUUUGGUGUGUGGACACACUUUCUGUAAGCGCUGUCUGGAAGAUGACCUGGCAAAAGAGUGCAGAAGCUGUCGUUUAAAAACCAACAAAUCACCCAGGCAAUUUACUGUGGACGGACUCAGAGUAAAUGUUAUUAUCAGUGGCUUGAUUGGAAAAUGGUUCAAUUCGGAAAGCAAAGCAAGACGACACUGGUCGGAAGGGGAAUGUCUUUGGAAAAAACUGGACUUAUCCAACGCAAUACUGAAGUUCAACACGGCGAUUGAACUAGUAAGACCCCUUCUCAUCUCCACAGAGCCCUGUGAAUGUCGGCUCCUGGCUAGGCGGGCAGAGCUUUUUAUGGAAAUGAAAAAUUUCGGUCAAGCCAUCAAGGAUGUGGACACCAUGUGCCGACUCCGUCCCCUGUGGCCAAAGGCUCACUACAUUAAGGCUGCAGCGUUCAGGAGCGCUGGCCGCAAUGAAGAGGCUCUACAAGAGUAUUUCUGCUGUUUGGCUCUUAAGUCUGAUUGGAUUGCCGUAAAACUGGAGGCCCAAAAGAUCCUGAGUCACAUGGUCUCUUCGGUCUUUGUGACUGAUGGUCUGGCCACGUCCAUGCAGCCCCUUCCAGCUGGACCCUCCUCUCGUAUCAAACCUUCAUUCCUCCUCAGCUCUCUUCACUCCUCUCUUCCUAGAGAUCGAGCCAAAGAAGGCUGCUCCAAGGAACCAACACUCAGUUGCAGCAAGUUCAAAGAUGGGAACUCUUCUAUUUUACCAAGAUCUGAAAACGUGAACUCUGGCCUCUCUUCACCUUUUGUUCAACCAGUCCUAAAAAGGAAAUGGACAGAAGAUGCUAAGGGCUUUGAGCCACCCAACAAACAGCUUAAAGAAGAUAAUGCAUCUUCAUGUAAAACUCUCCCUACUUUUUCUGGGGAGAGGCAAGUUCCAUCACAGCUUUUGGACAGUGCAGACUUUGAAUGUUCUCUCUGCAUGAGACUGUUUUAUGAGCCUGUCACCACACCCUGUGGACACACAUUCUGCCUCAAGUGUUUGGAACGCUGCUUGGACCACAACCCUAACUGUCCCCUGUGCAAGGAGAACCUCUCUGAGUAUCUGGCCACUAGAGCGUACAACAAAACUCUUCUAAUGGAAGAAUUAUUGCAGCGCUACUUUUGUGAUGAACUAGCAGAAAGGCGAAAAGUACAUGAAGAAGAGAUGAAAGAAUUGUCAAACUUGAACCAGGAAGUGCCCAUCUUUGUUUGCACUAUGGCAUUUCCUACCAUUCCCUGCCCACUACAUGUUUUUGAGCCUCGAUACAGGCUUAUGAUUCGCAGAUCUAUGGAAACGGGAACGAAACAGUUUGGCAUGUGCAUUGCUGAUGAACUGAAAGGGUUUGCAGACCAUGGCUGUAUGCUGGAGGUGAGGGAUGUCAAGUUUUUUCCUGAUGGGCGCUCUGUAGUGGACACCAUAGGCAUUGCUCGUUUCAAAGUGCUCAGUCACGGCCAGAGAGAUGGAUACCACACAGCCAAGAUUGAAUAUUUGGAGGAUAAGAAGGUUGAAGGAGAGGAGUUGACGGAGCUCCUGAAGUUGCAUGACUCUGUGUAUGAUCAGGCCUUGGGCUGGUUCACCUCCCUUAAAGAUGAUAUGAAGAACCAAAUCAUCAGCCACUUUGGGCAGCUGCCUGUCAAAGACUCUGACCCACGGGGUAAUCCCAAUGGCCCUGCAUGGUGUUGGUGGCUGUUGGCUGUGUUGCCGCUGGAAAACAAAGCCCAGCUGACCAUCCUCGCCAUGAACGCUCUUAAGGAUCGGCUGGUCGCCAUCCGCAGGGUCCUCAUUUUUGUAACUCGCAAGCGGCCUCGAUGAUAAAUGUGUUCUUGGUCUAAAUAUGAUUAUCAAAAUUAACCUAUAGCUUGGGAAUGCUGAUUCAGGCUGGGGUCACUGAGGUUUCUUCCAGUGGCCAUCUUGGUCGUCAUUGCAGCACGCAACCCUCACCAAUUAGUCACAUGGGACAUUGUUCAAUAAAAAUGUUUUGCAUCUUAAUAUGUUAAUUUAGGCUCAUCAGUUAGCAGUGGUGAUUUUAAGUUGUAGUCAUGCUAUGAGAGAGAUCAUUAUUGAUGGCUUACAUUAGGAAGUUCUCAUUUAGUUCAGGUGCAAUCAAAUCGUUUACCAGUUUAACAGUAGCAACAAACAUGAAGACAGUGGGAACUUAGUUUUUUUUCUUAAGCACCUUCGGUCCUUUGAAAAUACCACCUCUGUUUUGUGACUAGAUGGUGUGUAUGACUGACCAAAUGCUUCCCAUGGGCUUGCAAAUAUCAAUACGGACCUUAUUGUGUGUUAGUAAAAAAAAAUCCAUGUGCUUCAGUUUGGAAAUAAGCACUCACCUUAUUUCCAUAUUGUAAAAGAUGAUUAAAGAAACGUAUUUAAUAUUACAUGUACUGUAACCCUGCUUUCUCUGUAUCUUUGUUUCUUAUACACAUUUAGAUGCCUAGGUCAUUCAGAAACUAUGAAUUCAGUCAGAAAUUGCAAUGUUCUGCUGAUGUCCAUUCAAUUUUCCUCCAUGAAUUUAAAAAGCCGCACUCUCCAACCUUGAAUACAGUCUUAAUGAUAUUCAGUAACAACCACAGGUGUGGUUUUUAUAUUUCAAGAGCCUGUUUGUGAUUUUGUCUUGAAUUGAAUCUUAAUUGGAAAAAAAUUUAAACAAUCAGAAUGAGUAAAUUGUAAACUGGAGCCAAAUUGUGUAAAGUCCUACUGUAAAACAUGUUUGAACAAGCACCGUUUUAAUGCGUAUGAAACAUCAAUUGGAGAGUGCAGAGUGCAAUGUGUGGAUGGGGGCUUAUGUCUAUAUAACAAUCUUUUAUAGACAAUAGGAGGCCUUUGAACGUUCACACUCAUUUUUCUUCUCAUUGUUCUUGUCUCUGUGAUGUGCAUGUCUUGUGUAUGUCCGUUAUCUACCUUUUCCUGUGCAAAUUACUACUUAAAUGCUGCAUUUAUGUAAAUUUGUAAAUCAAUAUGAAAUAAAACAUUUUAUAUUUUAAA